AUGUUGGACGCCCCGGGUCACAUUGUGUUCUCGUCCGAACCAUUGUCACAACAUAACUUAAAUCCGCCCACUAUCUUGGUCAGCGGGAGGAGGAGAGGUAGGAGGAAGGAGGAGGAGGAGGAGGAGGAGGAAGAGGAGGAGGAGGAGGAGGAGGAGGAGGAGGAGGAGCGAGUCUACGAUCACGUCACGAAGAAACCGAACCCUUACCUCGUACAACUAGUUACCAGAAGCCAUCUUGGCUUCUCGCCUCUCUUGCACAGAUCUAUCCAUCAUGGUAAUACUACAUCUCAUUAUGUAGGAAAAAGGCUCGCACGCAUGCACGAACUCACACCCACUGUCCACACCCCAGAAGUUGUAUCAUGUACUACUUGCUUAAAGGUACGUAUGUCCUCAGGAAAGAAGAAGAAGAAGAAGAAGAAGAAGAAGAAGAAGAAGAAGAAGAAGAAGAAGAUGAAUAAGAAGAAGGAAAACAAGAAGAAAAAGAUAUUGUGA